CUUGGUGAUUGCUGGGUGGAGAGACAAGGCACAGGUGAUAUACAGGACAGGAUUGAUUUUCCCUUCAGAGACAUACAACUAGCAAUUGCUUUGCCUAUGUAGUGCUGAUCAUCUCUGGUUAUAUCCUGCUUAGCCUUCAUUCUCACCGACUCGUUUUCUAUAAGACAUUAGACUUAAUACGUCAAGUAUCCAGAAUAUUUGAGUCUUAGGACUUGCCGUGUGCUACACUGUCUUCCCUGUCGCCCUCUGGAUGCGAGGCAGUGUCGCGCCUCGUGCUUGUGGAGUGUGCUUCUCAUCAGGCGGGAACUGCCAGCUUUGUGACAACAAACAAUACCAUAUUCAUCUGGCGGGUUUGUUUUCUAUUAUCGGUGAUACAAGCUAUUCAGCCUUGCCUAAUAUUGAACCAUCCGGCUCUCCGUACCUCCUACCUGAUGUCUUGGUACUGACUGAGUAACCAUGCUUCACAGUUUUCAGCACCAUCACGGUCUGCUUGACAGUGUUCUGGGGAGCUUCGCCACCUAUGCACGGUUGAAGGGUCGAUACGAUGAUGACUGGAUCGAUCGUCUAAAUCAUUUGUACACCACCAUCAUUUUUAUCAUCUUCACCAUUGUCGUCAGCACAAAACAGUAUGUUGGCGAACCGAUCCAUUGUUGGUGUCCGGCGGAAUUCGAAGACUCCAUGGUUGACUAUACAAACAACGUCUGCUGGAUCUCCAAUACGUAUUACGUUCAUAUUGAUGACGACAUACCCAAGGAACGAACGGUACGCACCGAACGGGAGAUCACGUAUUAUCAGUGGGUUCCUAUGAUUCUCCUGUUUCAGGCAUUCCUGUUUAAGGUGCCAUGUAUAUUGUGGCGGAUACUAACAGCAUCAGCUGGUGUCAAUCUUGAUAAGAUUGUGACCCUCGCUGCAGAAACACAGUACAUAUCACCAGACGACAGAGAAAGGACUAUCAAACAUAUCGUACGCUACAUGGACAGAUGGCUUGAAAAUGCACGCGAAUACAGAUCAGGGUGUUUUAUACGCUUGCGCCAAACCAUAUCAAAGUACUGUUGUAUCGUCUGCGGCAAACGCUACGGGAACUAUUUGGUCACUAUAUAUAUGUUUAUUAAACUAUUGUACAUGUCUAAUGCUAUUGGACAAUUGUUUAUAUUAAAUGAGUUCCUGGGGACGAAUUACAAUGCCUACGGGCUCGAGGUUCUUGAUCAUUUGGCCAAUGGGAUAGACUGGAAGGAGUCGCCAAGAUUCCCUCGCGUUACAUUGUGUGAUUUCAGAAUUCGAAAACUGGCAACGGUUCAAGAUUAUACUGUACAGUGUGUUCUACCAAUCAAUCUUUUUAACGAAAAAAUCUUUAUUUUCAUCUGGUUCUGGCUAGUAUUUGUAUCUGUACUAAGUUCUGCUAAUUUUCUGGUGUGGUGUUACACAAUGAUUUUUAGACAGCAUCGUAUUCGAUAUCUAAAGAAAUUUCUACGUAUCAAUGAUUGCUACAAAUCAGAACUUGAUAAAAAGAUGGCGGUGAAAUUUGCCGAACAGUACCUUCGUCAGGACGGUAUUUUCGUUUUAAGACUGGUGGGUAAAAACGCUAACGACGUGUUGGUGUCAGAAAUAAUUUUGCAACUCUGGAAUCAUUACCGGAAUAAACCUUUGAUAAAGCAUGCGAACCAGAUAAGUGAUGACAAUAGUAACGUUUGACUAGAAGCCUCGAAGCUCCUGAAACUUGUGAAAAUACAGUACUAUUCGCUCUCCGAAACACAAGACGAAAGACAAGCACUGGCCCAAACGUUGAUGUCCAAUUCAUUCACGAACGGUUCAGUUCGGAAGUCAUGUUUGGAAACAGAAGUUUGAACGUAAGCGAGAUAGAGGUGGUGGCAUCUAGAUCUAUCUAGAACGCGCUGAUUGAUGUAAGCACCGUGAAUGUACUGACGCACGAAGUAUGAAAAGUAGACGCUGUAACAACCUAUGGGCUAAACAAGUCACCGUCCAACUUAUCUUGUCGCUCUACGUACAUAUAUACUUUGACUACGCAUGCGUACAAAGGGUCGCAUGAAGGCGGAUGUGACCCUCGAAGGUUUAUAAAUCCUUCCCGGGCUCUUGGCAGGUCCACCUUUAAUAGUAGAAUGCCUAAAAGAAAAACCUACCAAAGAAAGUGAACCUGUGACUUUAUAGUGACUUCUGGUCAUGAUGCCCUAAAGUGGCGAUAACUUGCAACAUUCUCUCACCCACCUUAAUCAAGUUUUGCUUAGGAUUUGUACGGUUUUUUGUUCCUCCAUCUCAACAAUUACUGAACAUUUUGCUAUUUGUAUUAUAUUUCAACAGUUUUGCAAAAAAGAAAAUCAUAAUCGUACAAUGUGUACACUUCAUGUAAUUGCCAACAUACGUGAUUGGAAUAAAACAUAAUGAUUAUUACAUAUACAUGUAUAAGUAACCAUCAAAAUGUUGUUAGAAUAUUGUGUUUCAUAGUUAAGACGUUAAGAAUAAAUAAUAUUAUUUAUAUUUGCAUUUAUAAUAUAAAUUAGUUUUUGAAACGUAGAAUGUAGAUAUGAAGAAAGUCAUGAUUUGUGAAGGGAAAAAGGAGCAUUCUCACAUUGUGUUUUCUUCUUCUUAUGUUCACUUAAAACUUGUAAGAUUUUGAAUUGAUUCUGAUUCAUCCUAUUUCCGUUAGAUAUUGAAGAGAUAGAAAGUGUCAUUUUUAUACUUGUAGCCUAUUAACUUGUGUUUUGAUUGUAAUUGCAUGUUAAUCAUUCUGUCUGUUUAUGAUUUACAAACGAUUACUAAGAUAAUGUAAAAAUUUCGGGUCAAUGUGUUGAAGCAAACUGUGAUGAAUACGCCCAUCUUGUUACCAUGACAACACUACAGAACCUGUGACGUCAUGGGCGUCAUUUAUAGUAUUCAAAACACAAUUUACUUGUUAUAAUAUUUAUGUCAAAGAGUAAAUUAAUAUAUACUUUAUUAAUAUAUGUUAAAAUAUGUUAUUGUUUUGUCACGUUAUGUGACGUCAUAAGUUUGAGUGACUGCAAAAAGAGUGAACGAACAAAAUUAUGUGCAAGACGAUACACAUUCACCUCCUUGAAGGGAACCAUACUAAUAACAUAAGAAGAAACACUAUAUGGAAAUGAACCGUAUUCAUCGCUGCCACUGCAUAGAUGAUUUAAUCUCAACCAUUCGUAAUAAUUUUAUUCCGUGAUUCUUAUUUUGCAGCAUUUUGGAAAAUAUAUUGCGGCAAUAUAAAUCCGCUGAUUUACUGAUAAAUGUUCUUCUAUGUGACAAGUCCGUUGAAUUACUGAUAAAUGUUCUAUGUGACAAGUCCGUUGAAUUACUGAUAAAUGUUCUUAUAUGUGACAAGUCCGUUGAAUUACUGAUAAAUGUUCUUAUAUGUGACAAGUCCGUUGAAUUACUGAUAAAUGUUCUUCUAUGUGACAAGUCCGUUGAAUUACUGAUAAAUGUUCUUAUAUGUGACAAGUCCGUUGAAUUACUGAUAAAUGUUCUUCUAUGUGACAAGUCCGUUGAAUUACUGAUAAAUGUUCUUAUAUGUGACAAGUCCGUUGAAUUACUGAUAAAUGUUCUUAUAUGUGACAAGUCCGUUGAAUUACUGGUAAAUGUUCUUCUAUGUGACAAGUCCGUUGAAUUACUGAUAAAUGUUCUUCUUUGUGACAGUCCGUUGAAUUUUCGAACACAACGUUUUCCUACGUGAAAAGUAUUAAGUUGUCGAAAUUCAGGAAUGGCUGUGAAAAUAUUUACACCCAGUCUGAAAUCAUCUUUUUUUUACAGAAGAGCUUUUACGUGUUCACUGUGAACUAGUGAUAAAGAUAAUAUUUGUUUAAAUAAUUAUUAAAAGGUCAACAAAGACUAUCAGGCAUUAUGUUUAAUUUUUGUUUAAACAUGACUAAGAAGCAGUCAUUAUUUCCUCCUAAACAUGGACUCACAUGUAUUUUUCUUAGAGUCUGCAUGAGUUUAUAUGUCACGUCACGUCUAACCGUUAAAAUCGGUAACAACAGAUACAUUAAUCUCGAUUAAAAUUGUAUCACAACAUUGUACUUUGAUUCUUGGAAGUGAAUACGUAUCGACUUCACACUAUUGUAUCAGAAAAAAAUGUUGCAUUCAUGUUUACAAGGCGUGGCUUGGUUGUGAAUAUUAUGAUUAUGAUGUUAGUAGGAUAACAAUUUGAAAUAGGUUGUUAUCAAGUUUACUGAUCUGUAUGUGAGACUUGUAUGAUAGCAUACAAAAGUGUAUGCCAAUUGAGCUUGUAUCUCUGAAAUCGUACGUAAAUGUUCACAAUUGUUUAAUGCAAAACAUAACAAAACGUUUAAUAUCUGGGGACAAUUUACUCUAAUACAAAUCAUUACAUAAUUGAAAUGUGCAAUCUAUCCAUGAAUAUUAAAAAAUGUUUUCGAUCAUUCACCAAUAUUGGCUUCGAUCUGUUCAUCUAUAUAGGGAGUAUUUUUGUAUAUUUGGUUUUUGAGAGUUUGAUAUUGGGAUGAUACAUUGUAAUCUAUAAUUAUUGUAAAUCUAUAAAGAUUUAAUGACACCAGCUAUAGUUUCUGAUGGGGAAAAAAAAAGAUAAAAUUUUAGAAUAAGUAAUUUGGCUGUCAAGUUCAAGAUACAAAUCCUCUCUCGCAAGUACUUACGCAUGAUACUAUGUAAUUGAAUGCUAAUUGAUAAACUGUGUAAUUGGUGUAAUGAUGGGCGUGAACAAUGUGUCUUGAUUUUCGUUCACCACGCUCAUAGACCCCGCUGAAGGGAAAUGUGCUGUUGUGAUUGGGUAUUAAUUAGAUGGGCGUGACAGAUGGACGGGAUAUAGCACGCCCCUCAGAAAUCACUUUCCACAUUUUAAAAGGCACGGUGUAUUUUUUUUUUUUUUUUUUUUACUUUUAAUACAAAUCAGACACAAAUAAGUAGUGGUUAAAAAUUUGACGCCAAAAUUACCGGGUUUUUCAACCUGAUUGUUAUGUUGUCGGCGCGCGUUAUUCCAUUUGUGCGAUGCAUAUCUGUGUACAAUACGUCUAUCAUACAAAUGUGCGAAUGUGUCUGCAUGCAUGAUUUCGGGCGGAAGCUCAUAUGUUAAACAGAUUUCAUCUUUAUUGAAUUAUAGUGUUGCUCUUUUGUAUAUAUUGUUUAAUUUUCAAUUUAACUGUCAGAAGUAUCUUCAAAUGAUAUACGUUAAGGUAUAUAUAUAUAUAUAUAUGUAUAUGUAUAGCAUUGAUAUGUAUACAUAUACGUAUAUGACGUAUACGUGUAUGUUUAUGCAUCCCUUUUUCAAUCUUUCAAUUUUUCUUCUAGUUUAGAGUGUCUACCGUAGAUUUUCAAGGAGAGGACAAAACCACGAAGAUUACAUAUCCAAGCAUCAAAAAUGAAUUGUCAUAAUUUUGAACACUUUUGCAUAUUUUAUUAACUAUCAGUCACAUUUCAUUUUGGUGCCAAUUGCAACGUAUGGCUACAAGUACAAUGACCACCUGAACUGAUUUAAUGUCGAAUACAAUAAUCAUCAAAAUAUUUGCGUAAAAUUAACCCCCAAAACUAUAGAGUUGUAUUGGUAUACAUACUGGUUUAUGCAAAUUGAGGUAAAAUGACAACUUGAUGAAUCCUGUAUCCCUUUAUUAUGCAAGAACCCAAAUAGGUGACAUUAAACGUGUUUUUGCUUCACUACGCAUGUUCAUUGUACUUACCAAUCUAAUCACCCGGCACACGGAGCAAAGUCAAGUAUUACGCAUGCAAUAUACUUCCUGUUGAUAUAUUGAUAGUCUGAUUUAUUUGAUAAUUAUAAAUAAAAAUAAAGAUGCCAAAAUUCAUAUUUUCUCCAUUUAAACACCACUUCUUCAUUUUAGUUGUUCCUGAUUUUAGCGUAAGGUAUGCUGUAAGUACUGUCAUAUUAAUCAAAUGAACACAGACCAAAAUAUAUCUUUGUAGAAUUACCAUAUUUGUUGCAAAGCAAAUUAUCAUCCAGUGUGACUGAUUGUGUGCUUAUAAACAUGUAUAGCCACUGUACGAUCACUGAAAACUGACAAAGAAUUAAAAUGAGAAUAUAUGUCUAUAUAUCAGCCUCUUAUACACACAUAUGUAUAUUUCUCUCACCUAGAACCAAACAUGGCCUAAAUAUAUUCUCACCAUCCACUAUCUGUCAGUCCUAUGCAUACACCGACCCAACAAAUGUCUGGUUAAGGCUUUGCUGAUGUGUCGGCUUAUACCUGCCGUGAUAAAGAUGAAAUUUCACAUGAGUUUACUAUUCAGUUUUUUCUUUAUUGUUGUUUCUUUUGAUCUCAAGGAACCAAUUAACGAAGUUUACUGUAUACAAAUAAAUGUCAGUAAUAGAUUUUACAUGUUUGAAUAUGUUACUUGAAACCAUCAAGAAAACAAAAUACUUUUAAAGUUGUUUUUUUUACAUAUAUAUGGGUUUUCAGUAUGUUGAAAAAUUAGCGAAAUUUUAGAAAAAUGAUGAAAAUAUAUUGCUUAUACAGACUGUAUUAUGUUUAAGCUUAUGCAUCGAAUCUUAAAAAAAUAAUUCGAGAAAUAGCAUUAGCCAUGCAUUUUGGAAAACAAAUCAGUUAUCUAAAUUAAUAUAAGGAACUCAAACAAUAUCUAUAAUUACAUUUUCUGUCGCAUUUUUGUUAAAUUAAGUUGCGGUUACAGCUUUGCUACAUGCUAUCUCUCUGAAGAGAUGAUGGAAUUUUGUGCUUAGUUUUUUUUCCUCGUUUACCACAGUUCAACAUUAGAAACGUAUCGUCACAAUCUGCUAGAGAAAGAUGACGUAUAAAGUGUGUUCUAUGACAUCAGUGCUAUUUAUAGAAGUUUUGUUUACAUUCCACUAGCUGUAAAUUAUAUAUAUAUAUGUGUAAUAUAUAUAUAUGUAUAGAAAAUACACUGAAAACAAUUGUUUCUGUUCUUCAAUAAGAAAGGAAAACAAAUUUUUUUCAGAGAACAAAACUUUAAUAAACCUAUGCACUGAUGAAAAGUUGUGUUUGUUUUUAUUACCUGACAGGUAGAAGAUAUGAUUAUGUAAGUGUAGAAUGACAAGGAAUUAUCAGACAACUACAAAGUAAACGGCAUUUCAGACUACAAACAUCUCAUGACAUUGAUGAUUGUACUAUCACACAAGAUAUGUAUACGCAUAAUUUAAUUAUAAUUUGUAAAACCAAGUGCUUUGCUGGCAUUGUUUGAAGUUAUUUUAGUGUGUAUGAUAAAUAACAAAACAAGCACAAAAAAAACAACUUCAUAUCAGCCGGUGCAGACAUAACUCGAAACCUGCAGUUUCCAUGAAACUAAAAUAGAUAGUUUAUUGGAAGAAAUAAACUGAAGCUGUGUCUUAUACAAAAUAAAGGAUUUUAGACACAACUAAAACUCAAUUGCUUGAAUAUUCCACACAUUCAUGAUAUUUUCCUCCUUACAAAGGAGGCUCAGGUGAUCCGACUGGAAAGGUUUGGGUGGUAUUGCUUACGUAUUUUACCAGCCGAAUUAGAAAAGGCCAAUUACUGACAACACGGGUCAAACGUUUUGGACCUGACCAUAUAUAGCAGCAGGAUAAAAGUUCAUAUUUUAGUUAGUUAGUGAUUAAUGCAAUUGUUCAUGAAUGGUUAGUCGUGGAUAUAUUUAACUUCUUUAUGUUUACAGAUACUUGAGAAAUGCAAAAAUCUCAUGUUAAGAAUCUUACAACAGAGACAUUAUUACGACGAAAACACAGGUCGAAACCAACGUGUAACUUAUUUAUUAAAGACAACUGUUUAGUUUGAACCGAAGCGGGAAACAACAAAAGAACACAGUCUAGUCAUUAAUUUUCCACGCACUUGGCGGAACGUUUAUGUAAUAGUUUUUAAAUUCGAAGACAAAAUAAAAUCAUGCUGUAUUUGA